AUGAAUUUAAAAUAAAGUGGCUAGCUUGUUCAUUUGAUAAUGCGAAUAUCUUUGAUGGAAUAUACAUUAUGUACAUUAUGAUGGAGUAGAAACCAGAAUGUUAUUAUUUGUUUCUGUAGCAUUUUAGAUAUUAUGUAUAUUUUAUUCUUAGUAUUAUAAUUAUAUUAUGUAUAUAUAUAUUUCUAAUAUAUUAUUUAAUGUACAUGUAUAUAUGAAUAACCAAGUGUGUUUUCUGGUCUAAUUCUGUCUUUUUAUACUUUUCAGCUCUCAAGGUUUCAGUAAGUUUAGACUGUUAACCUUUGAGCUUUCAGAUCAAUAAUAUACUCUCUCGUAUUCCAAGUGGGGGUUACAGCAUCUAUUUUCACUAUGAAAUUUUCUGCUUCAGUACCGUUGCUAAAGGAACGUGGGGUCAGUGAAGAUAGGCAACUUCAUGCAGCUUGCAAUGAAAAUCUGCCAGGUCGAUGGCAUUAUCAUAUUCGACUUUCAUUAACAACUAUAGAACACAGUCCGUUUAUAGUUCGACAUAUCCAUAAAACUAAGCCAGGGUGCUCAAUAGUGGCUUUUGCUAUUGAGUUAAUACACCAUAGUUGGGAUACCAUUCCCGUGGAGAGUUUCAAGUAUAGUAGCUCGUCUUUAGCUACGGACAACUUGGUUAGAUAUGGUGUACAACCUAGGGUUUUGGAGGUGUAUACAGAUAGAGCUUCAAUAUAUAUGAAUAAAGUGCUUAUGGUGUGGCAUGGAAGCUCCUCGUAUGUAUGGACCGUAGUUACAUUAGUUAUAACAUUAAUCCAGUACAUGUAUGUAAUCAACAAAAACUUGCGAAAAUAA